AUGGGUCUCUCUAUCUCAAAGCUUCUCUCCGGCCUCUUCUCCAAGAAGGAGAUGCGCAUCUUGAUGGUCGGUUUGGAUGCCGCCGGUAAAACCACCAUCCUCUACAAGCUCAAGCUCGGUGAGAUCGUCACCACCAUCCCCACCAUCGGCUUCAACGUCGAAACUGUCGAGUACAAGAACAUCUCCUUCACCGUUUGGGAUGUCGGUGGACAGGACAAGAUUCGUCCCUUGUGGCGCCACUACUUCCAAAACACCCAGGGUAUCAUCUUCGUUGUCGACUCCAACGAUCGUGACCGUAUCAGCGAGGCUCGUGACGAGCUUCUCCGCAUGCUUAACGAGGAUGAGCUCCGUGAGGCCCUUCUCCUUGUCUUCGCCAACAAGCAGGAUCUCCCCAACGCCAUGAACGCUGCCGAGAUUACCGACAAGCUCGGACUUCACUCUCUCCGCCAGCGUCAGUGGUACAUCCAGGCUACUUGCGCUACCUCUGGAGAUGGUCUCUAUGAGGGUCUUGAGUGGUUGUCCAGCAACUUGAAGCGCAAGGCUUAA